AUGCCGCUGGGGUACGGGUUUCACCCCACCAAUGAAGAAUUAGCUUCUGGUUAUCUUCUUGGUAAGGUGACUCAGAAUCCGCUGCCCGCGGAGACUCUUUUGAUCCAGGAACGCAACCUCUAUGACGAGAUGGAACUCUCUGAGAUUUUCGCCACAGCCGAGGACUACACCAAACUCUAUUUCUUCACCCACCUCAAGAAGAAGACUGAAAAGGGCUCGCGCAUUGACCGGACGGUGGGGAAAGGUACCUGGCGAGGAGUUGACAAAGGCAUGGAUAUCUUCGACGAUCAUGGCAGACUGUUGAAGAACUGUGUUCUAUGCGUGAUCAGAAGGAAAUUGAGAGACCCAAUUGCAAACCGGCGCAGACUACAAAUUGAAGAAGACGUUCCUCAUUAUCAAUACGCGAACUGGCUGUGCCACUGCAUAGGGGUUAGGUUUCGACCGAGCCACCAAGACUUAGUCUCCGGUUACCUUCUCAACAAGGUGACACAAAAUUCGUUGCCUGUAGAGUCUGUAAUUGUCGAACGCAACCUUUACAACGAGUCAGAAUUGUUCGAUAUCUUUGCCAUGAUUCAGAAUGGUGACAAUUUCUACUUCUUCACCCAACUCAAGAAAAAAAGUCAAAAGAGUUCACGAAUUAAUCGAACUGUUGGUAAUGGUUGCUGGCGAGCUUUAGACAAGGGCGAGGAUAUCUUUAAUUGUAAAAGAAGACUUAUUGGACGAGUACGAAGCCUAAUCUAUGAAAACAAAACUCUUCCAGAUCAAGACAACGUUUGGAGCAUGAAAGAAUAUAGUCUUCAUGGUGAUUCACUGCAACAUCAAAUCUUGCUCAAAGACUAUGUUUUAUGCGUGAUAAAGAGGAAAACAAGCAACAGUCCAGGUCUAAAGCGGCGCAGAUUAAUGAAAAAAGAAGUUUUUCAUGACGACGAGGAGGGUGAUUGCUUACAGAACAAAAAUAAUGAAAUUAAUGCUAGAAAAAAUGAGCUCUCAAUAGAUGAUUAUAUGAACUAUAAUGAAGGAAUAACAAUGGCAAUGCCAGUGAGCUAUUUCGAGGACAUUAAUAAUGUUGCAGCAACAGUCCCACAACAAGAGGAUAUUGGAACCACAUAUGAGAACCCGCAGUCGCUAUCUCUCGACGACGAGUCAUUGCUUGAUGAAGUUUCCAUGUUUUUCGAAGAUUUUGCUGCUGGACCGUUUACUACUUGUGAUGAUCUAUUCAACAUUGUGCAAAAUGGAGAUGAUCAGAAAAGUGGACAUGACCACCAUGAGCUUUCAGCAUCUGAUAAUGGCGAAAACACUAGAGGAAUUUCAACGAUGGCAGUACCUGAAGGAGCUGAUCUUUCAGCAUCUGAUUAUAGAGAAAACAAUGGAAGAAUUUCAACAGUAGCAGUACCUGAUAAUGAUUCCAAAAAUAUUGAGCAAAAUCUGCUGCAAUCACCAACUUUUGAUGAUCUGUUCACCGAUGAAGUUUCCAGGUUUCUUGGGGAUGGGACUAUGGAAAAGCCUGGUAAAUUGCAUGGAGAAGACGAUCCUAUAAGCCCCAAGAUGAAAAAGAAUUAAUUAGAAUAGAUAAUUAGGUUUG